GAUAAAUUGACGAGAAAUUGAAAUUGCCGAGAUAUCGCGAUAUGAGUAAAUAUCGCGAUAUUCAACGAUACUGUACGAUAUAUUGACCGAUAAAAUAACUCCCGGCGAUAUAUUGACUGUCUUGUAACUUCAGUACCCAUAAACUUCUCCGGUGAGCGAGUAUCUCCGUUCUUUCCCUCCCUGCCGCCGAUCCAACACCAACGGUGAUGAUUUCGAGCCUGAUUAACCUCCUUAUUCGCCUCGAUUCAUUAUUUAACUUGUCCAAGGCUCGCGAUCUUUCCCUCUCCUUCCGAUGCGGCAAGUCAAUGGCCGCCGAUUAUGAAGCCGGAGAACCUUCUCCGCUGCCCGCAGCCGGUACGGAAGCGGACUCCCGGUAUAGAGAGCAAUGGGAGCAAUCACAGUGAUGAGGAGCAUCCCUAUCAACACGUUUUUCAGGUUGAAACAUCCACAGGGUCUGGUUUUUCCAGCCUGCUUUGAUCGAACUAGAAGAUGCCCAAAUGAAAAUGUGAGAAGAAUUCGAGUGUCAGCAUCAUACGAGGAUCCAACUUGGAAAGGCGCGAAUCGUUGGGAACACAUGAUAUACUCGAACCGAUCAGACAGGAGCUUCUACAAAUUGAACGUUGCCUUUGCACUGCAAGAUCUGUCUGAUGAAGAGAUCCUUCUUCAGUGCUCCACCUCACCUUCUGCUGAAGGCCCAGAUUUUGUGAACAACAUGAAAAGGUGAACGCUUUCUGGAACCCUAUUGUCCAUCUUUAGGUGUAAAGUAGUUAUCUUCCGAGGGUUCGUUGAGGGGGAAUCCAAUCUGCUGUGCAACUAGUUAUAAGAAACCAUGGAAUAUUCCUGUGUAAUGUGCUUUGUGAAACUUGUUUCAAACUCCAUAAACCGAGAAAUGCUUUCAUCGAGUACUAUAAUAGGAAGGAGGACAUUGAUAUGAACUAGCGAGUUAAGGUAGGCUUUAGAAAUAGCAUGGAAUGUUUACAAGAUGCCAACUAUACACCCCUAAAGAAGAUCAAAGCUCGGUAUUAAAAUCUUUUUACAGAG